AUGAAGUUUGGGGGGAAGGGGAUGAUCCAGCUGAUGGUACUGCUGUACAAUUGGGUGUGGAAAAACGAGUAUACGCCAAGUAGAUGGAGGGAAGGAGUAGUCGUGAGCUCGUUGAAGAAAGGAGACAAGACUGACCCAGGAAACUACAGGGGGAUCACACUGUUGAACACAGUAGGAAAAGUGUUUCUCAUUAGUGAGGGCCAGGCAAGUUUCCGAAAGAAGGGGGUGCGUAGACCAUACGUGUUCACGGUAGGGAGAAUCAUCCAAGGUAGAAAGAGGGCGGGAAAGCCGACGUACUGCUUCUUCCUGGACGUGAAAAAGGCAUACGACACCGUAUGGAGAUAUGGGUUGUGGAAACAACUGUCCAAAUACGGGAUCAAGGGGAAAAUGUGGAGAGUGCUGAAGAAGAUGACAGAGUGUACGAAAAGCGCGGUCAUGCUAGACGGAGAACUGUCAAAAUUCUUCGACAUUGAGCAGGGGGUCCCACAAGGUUGCACGCUGUUCCCAACAUUGUUCCAGGUGUUCAUCAACGAUCUGUUGAACGUCGUAGAGGCAGUCCGGAAGGGAGUAAAAGUAGGGGACACGGAAACGUCGGUUUCAGGAAUGCUGUUUGCGGAUGAUUUUGUCGGUAUGUCGGACACCCCUGAGGGACUGCAACUGCAAAUUGACGCGGCGAAGAAGUUUGCUGAUAAGUAG